GUAUUAAGGCCUCUACUAAUUUCUAAAUAUACCUGGCAAGAUAUAAGCAUGGACUUUAUCAUAUACUUACUACUAAGUAAUAGCUAUAAUACUAUCCUAGUUAUAGUUAAUUAUCUAAUAAAGAUAAAGUACUUCCUUUCCUAUAUCAGGAUAAUUAAUACUAAAGAAGUAGCUAACCUAUACCUUAAAUAUAUCUAG